GCUGUAGUGAUACAAAAAUGGGCCAGGAAAGUACUGCCCGGGAAACAACAGAGGAGAAUUUUUAUUAGACAAAGGGAGAGUGCAGUAGUUAUUCAGAGGUGGUGGAGAGCAAUUUUAGUACAGCGGCAUCGUGAGGUCUUAAAUAAAAGAAUGGUAGCUAAAGUACUUUACAUUCAGAGAUGGUACAGAUCACAAAUGCAUAUGCGCAAACAGAGGACUUGGUAUCAAAGAUUGCUUUUGUCGGUCAGAUUGGUCCAGCAGAGAUUUCGAGCCAACAGAGCAAUGAAGCAACAGCAGGCUGCUUUCCAUCUCCAAAGGGCUGCUGCCUGCAAAAUACAGUGUUGGAUUAGAGCUGUUCAUUUAAUGAGAAAAGGACGAACAUCAUUUUUGGAACAAAAAAGUAGUGCAGUGAUUAUACAACAGUGGUAUCGAAAUAUGCGUUCAACAAAAUUACAGCAACAAGAGCACCAAAAACUGAGGUUAAUAGUGAUACACAUUCAACAGAAAUACAGGGAUACAUUGUUGAUGAAAUAUGAUAGAAAUAUUUAUCAGAGGAAAAAGUGGGCAUCUGUUAUUAUUCAGAGAUGGUUUCGAGCCACUCUUAAUAUGAAACGUCAGCGUGAUUUGUAUUUGACACAGAGAUGUUGUAUUAUUACUAUACAGAGAUGGUUCAGGAGUGUUUGGUCCAAAAGAGAAAGAGAAGCAAUACGAAAAGUACUAGUUCCCAUAUCCCAAUCAGAAAUUGAAAAUCGUGCUGCGGUCAAAAUACAGGCCUUUUGGAGGGGUUUUGCUGCACGAAAGCGGCUGCCUAGUAACUGCUUAAGUCUGAAAAAUAGAGGUGUUACCAGAAACCCCUCGCAACCUGUUCAGACAUUGCGGUGGAAGUACACAAAUAUUCUGAGGUGCUUUGAACAGAAUUCCCUGGGACAGUUGAUCAUGCUCUUCGAGUCUCUAAGUAAGUUCACUAUUCAAAUGAUGUAGGCUUUCAUGGCCAGUAACGCAGCAUUUUUGUUGUCCUUACUAAUAGAUUACUGCCGUGGCCACUGUCUCCGGUUUUAUCUGUCAACUGACUGGAUUUGCAGUUCCUUCCUCACAACUUUACAGUGGUUGAACAUGAGAACAACUAUUGCAUCAUUAUAUAACAGUAUUACAAAUCAGACCUAGCUGUAAAUAUAGGGUUGAAUACCACAGAACUGCACUAGGUAUGGUCGUAAUUAAAAAUAUAUCCCCACACGUUCCAAGUGGUGAACCAACUCCAACUGACGUACUCAAAUUGACGUCUGUGUUCCAUGCUGGUACCAUAUUGAUAUUUCGAUAUCAUGUUUAUUACUAACUGACUAAUGUGAUUAAUGGUUCACAGUCCCAGUGGCAGGUGGCCUACCUAACAGCUUUCAGGGGCAAGAAAAAUUUGACUUUUCAAUGCUUUAUAUAAUUGGUUGAAUUUAAAACACCGUCGUAAUUUAAUCAU